AUGGCAGAAGAUGACAUAUAUACACAAGACGGGACCAUUACCAUCUCCAAAAAACCUGCCAACAAGAAAAAGACUGGAAACUGGAAAGCUUGCUAUUUUAUUCUUGGAAACGAAUGUUGUGAGAGAUUGGCAUACUAUGGUAUGAGUACAAACCUGGUGAACUAUCUUCAGGAACGUUUCAACCAGGGAAAUGUAACUGCUGCAAAUAAUGUCACAACCUGGUCAGGCACGUGCUACAUCACACCAUUGAUUGGAGCGUUUCUAGCUGAUUCAUACUUAGGAAGAUAUUGGACAAUUGCCAGUUUCUCAGUACUCUAUGCCGUUGGGAUGAUACUUUUAACACUGUCUGCUGCUGCCCCUGGGAUAAAGCCAUUAUGUGAUGGUAAUGGUUGUCAUCCAACAUCAGCCCAAACUUCAGCUUGCUUCAUAGCACUGUACCUGAUUGCUCUUGGAACUGGUGGUAUCAAACCAUGUGUCUCAGCUUUUGGUGCAAACCAAUUUGAUGAUUCAGACAAGAAAGAGACAAUAAGGAAGAGCUCUUUCUUCAACUGGUUUUACUUCUCCAUUAAUAUUGGUGCACUUGUUGCUUCCUCAGUAUUAGUUUGGAUACAGAUGAACAUAGGCUGGGGAUGGGGUUUUGGAGUUCCUGCUGUUGCAAUGGUCAUUGCAAUUAUAUUUUUCUUUAGUGGUAGCAGACUCUACAGGCUUCAAAUACCUGGAGGCAGUCCCCUUACAAGGAUUUGUCAAGUAAUAGUUGCAGCCUUAAGGAAAAUCAGCCUUAGAGUGCCAGAUGAUGAGUCUCAUCUUCAUGAGACAGUAGAUGUAGAAUCUGUCAUCAAAGGGAGCCGCAAGCUUGAUCAUACAAAUCGCUUCAAGUGUUUGGAUAAGGCAGCCGUAGAGACCCAAUCUGACCUUGCCACAGGUUUGCCAAAUCCUUGGAGGCUCUGCACUGUGACACAAGUUGAGGAACUCAAAUCAGUGAUCUCUUUACUCCCAGUUUGGGCAUCAUUGAUUGCCUUUGCAACUGUAUACGGUCAAAUGAGCACCAUGUUUGUUCUACAAGGCAACACAAUGGACCAGCACAUUGGCCCUCACUUCAAAAUCCCAUCAGCUUCCCUUACCAUUUUCGACACACUAAGUGUCAUCUUCUGGGCUCCGUUUUAUGACCGCAUCAUUGUUCCAUAUGCAAGCAGGUUCACUGGCCACAAACAAGGGUUCACACAACUCCAAAGAAUGGGAAUUGGCCUUGUAAUCUCCACCAUAGCCAUGGUUGUUGCUGGCAUUCUAGAAGUUGUUCGCCUUGACAUGGUCAGAAAAAACAACUAUUAUGAACUUCAGACCAUCCCCUUGUCAAUCUUCUGGCAAGUGCCCCAGUACUUUCUUGUUGGAUGUGCAGAAGUUUUCACCAACAUUGGUUCCUUAGAGUUCUUCUAUGGUGAGGCACCAGAUGCUAUGAGAAGCUUUGGUAUGGCUCUCUCACUCACAACUAAUGCCUUGGGAAGUUAUGUUAGCACACUGCUUGUCACUAUUGUUACUAAGAUCACCACAAGACAUGGUAGUCUUGGUUGGAUCCCUGACAAUCUAAAUAGAGGCCACCUUGACUAUUUUUACUGGCUUUUGACCAUUCUGAGCUUUAUCAAUUUCUUUGUGUUUCUGUGGGUUGCAAAGAGUUACAGGUACAAGAAGGUGGCUGGAAAAUAG